UCAGUUUUAGAUUUUAGAAGGAGAAACAAAUAAAACCCUCCACAAAGAUCUCACCGACGAUUUGAUUUCUCUCAUUCUCAGACCAUCCUCACCGCCGGUACGAUUUCUUAAGAGAACAAUGGGCUUCUGGACACUUAUAAAAGGUCUGCUGCUCUUUGCAAAUGCACUGGCAAUCCUCAAUGAAGACCGUUUCCUUGCUCCAAGAGGAUGGACACUAGUAGAACUCCACCAAACUGGUAGAAAAAACUCUCCCAAAGGCCAAAUUAUUGGUCUGAUCCAUGCCUGCCAGUACAUGAGACUCCCCCUCAUGCUCAUUAACACAGCAGUCAUUGUCUUGAAGCUCGUCUCCGGUUGAAGAUUUUGUGUAGAUGACGGGAAACUACAUUUGGUUCUUAUAGUGAUCGUGAAUAACAAAUCUAUUGAUUAUGUAGGAGUUGGUAUUUGUUUUUUUCAUCUAAUGAAAUCGAGUAUCCUAUGCACUCAA